AUGGAGAAUCAAGUUUUCACGUUAUUUGGAGGUCUAAAGAAGCAACAAUGGAAGAGACUUAACAUCCAAGGCAUUUGGAAUCAGUCUCCAAAAGCAACGAGUAGUGGUUUAUGCAUCAAUGGGAUUAUCUAUUACAUAGAAUGUAUAAAUAUAGGAGGUUUUUAUCAUCCGGAUUUCAAUGAGUUAGUGUGGUUCGACAUUAGUUUCGAAAGAUUUGGUUACAUCAAGAUGCCCAUAACUCUGGAGUUGAGUCCGUUCGAGGAAUUGGUUUUGGUAAACUACAAAGGGAAAUUAGGAUGCUUACAUUACAACAAAGAUAGUGCAGAGAUGUGGACUAUGGAAGAUCAUAAUAAGACCAAGCAACAAGAAUGGUCUAAGAUUGUAUUUUCCGCGCAUGAUCUAGUAGAGAGGUUAGGAUAUGGUGGUUUUUGCAUCGCUGGUGCCACUCCUAAUGGUGAGAUUGUGAUAAUGCCAAGGACAUUGGAACCUGCUCAACCGUUCUACGCAUUCUAUUAUGAUCCCAAGCAAAAUAGGUGUGCAGGAGGUCAAUUCGAAAGGUUCCUUGGAGAACUAAAAUCAGGGGAGUUGAAUAUUGCUUGUGAAUUGUGA